AUGCCAAUCUCAACCGCUGCUCUUCGGCUGCUUCCGAUCCGUACCGAUCAGAGGACGCGAGGCAGCCACACGCACCUCCGAACACAGCAUGCUAUUCCCCGGGGCUUGGUGCUCAGACCCGACGGGGCACGAGCAGCUGAGCAGCAGGCAGCGAGUAUGGAAGCUGCAGGGACGGCGAAGGAUGCCAACCCAAGCGGGCCAUCACCGGAGGUGACCGCUGCCGCAGCCGCCGCCGCCGCCGCCUUUGGCGAGGAGCAAGAGGCGCUCGUGCUGAACGCGUGGAACGCCAUGAAGGGCAAGUCUGCACUCAAGUGCUUCCUCAGUUUGUGGUCAAAUAUGGACUUCCCCUCCAUCAAGAAUGCAAUUCUAGAAGUUCUAUUCAUGGCAAGGAUUGAGGACAGGAAUGAAGGUUCUACUGCUAAUCCUGUAGUUGCUGAUAAUGAAUUGAAUGGUGCUGGAAAUGAAGUAGCAGAAGAGGAGGAAGAGGUGUGGUCUACUCCUCAAAUGCCACACAAUGGGUUGUCUUUUGCAUCCUUGGAUGAAGUAAAAGAGUACUACAACUCUUAUGCAAAGAGAACUGGCUUCUCGAUUAGAACAAACACGUCACGCCGGUCCGCAAUCACAAGAAAAAUGCAGAAGGUCCAGUUCGUGUGCAAUAAGGAAGGCUUCGGCAAGAAAAGGAGAGUUGCUGCUCAGCUUGUUGAAGCUAUCACUUGCAACUCUAUCAAUGAUGAAGCCGAAGAGGAGGAUAGCGCACAAGAGGAAGAGGAUGAUCAAGGGGAGAAGAGGAAGAAGCUUGACAAAUGUAAGAAAAGGAAGAUGGAGAAAAUGCUACAUACAAACUGCAAGGCGAGGAUGGUGGUCAAAAUGAUUGGCUCUAGGUGGCAAGUCAUCUAUUUUCUGGCCAAGCACAACCAUGAUAUUAUGGUAAAGCCCUCGCUCAAGAAGUUCCUAAGGUCCCACAGAGGGAUACCGAAGCCGGAAAAGGAUUUCAUCGUUUUGCUACACGGAUGCAACUUGAGCAUGGGUAGAAUCAUGCAGUUGAUGAGCGAGUUUUAUGGCUCUGCAUAG